GUUGUAAAGGCGUAUCUUGGGUGCUGCUGGUGCUGCUGCUGACGCUGCUGCUGCUGCAUGUAAACACGGCGUGGAUACAAAGCAUUGCGGAGCCUUGGCGGGGCACGUCCACAUGUUUAGGAAAUCCGCAGACAGGGGGUUAAUUUCUGCAGUCACAUGCAAGAGAAGGUGAAGCUGAAGCACUGCUGAGGAGAGGGCCAACCAGAGCUGUGAGUUAGCCAUCGAGGAACUGGAAGCGUGGUGCCAUCAGUACUGCGUCACUCCCUUGGUGAGCGUGCCGUCAGGAGGAGGAGGAGGAGGUGGAGGGGGGAGGAGGCUGCAAGAGGAGGAAGAAAGGUGGUGGGUUAGCAGGAAGGGUGGGAGAGACAGCAACCCACCAUGGCAGCCCUCGACCAGAUAAGGGAGAGGGUGGAGAGUUUGUACAAGUUCCGCGAUGAGUACUUCAAGAUGCACGACAUUUCCGAGGCUGCGCAGAAGGCCGAGCGUGUCCAGAAGGAGAUUGAUGAGACGGUGAAGCUGAUCGAGAGCGUGAGGGACCAGGUGCCAGCAGAGGGGCGCGGGGAGAUGUACCUACUGCAGGGGCGGGCACUCAACGCAUCAUCCGAGCACAGUGCCGCGGCGGAGGAGGCGCUGGGGAGGGCCACGCGUUUCAACCUCCCGGACGCGUGGAAUGAGCUUGGGGAGUGCCAGUACAAGAAGGGGGACUUUAGCAGUGCCUUGACCUGCUUUGAGAAGGCUCUGAGGCUGGCCGAGAAGAAGGUGUAUUUCCGCAACAUGUCGAUGCUAAUGCGGAGUCUGCCGUGGAAGUCGCCCAAGGAACGGGAGGAGAACGUGAGCAAGGGCCUGGAGUACGCACGUAAGGCCCUCCAGCAGGACAUGGGCGAUGGACACUCCUGGCUGGUGCUCGGAAACGCCUACCUCGCCGCCUUCUUCACCGUCGAGGCCAAGAUGGAGUCACUGAAGCACUGCAAGGCGGCAUAUAGCAAGGCGACCAAUGACCCCCUCGCUGUGGUUCUGCCUGAGCUCCACUUCAGCAAGUUUCAUGUCCAGUGGUACGAGGAGGACUACACGGGCGCCCUCAAGAGCCUCCUGCGGGCCUACGAGCUGGAGCCGACCUGGGAGGAGUGCAAGAGCAAGUUCGACGAGUGCCACCGCUUCCUGCAGAAACUGGCGGUCAUGGUGCGGAACAAGGGCCAGCUGAACCAACGGCGCCUCAACGCUCUCAUGGCGGACAUUCAACCUAACCAACUUGGCCCAUACGAGAAGGGCGGGUCGAGCCUUACAGGGAGUGCCAAGCUGGACCUCACACCCCUGGCACUGCUGGCGGAGGGGAGCAACCAGGACAAGGUUGUGUUGGGGAAGGUGGUUUGUACAGUCAUCCCCGAGAGUGGCAUCCCGUUUUCUAUGUGCCUGGUGGACCGGGACGGAUCGUGCAUUGCCGUCACUGUCUACAACUGGGCCAGCUGGUGUGGGGUCAAAAUCGGGGACUCGGUGGCUGUGCUUGCGCCUGUUUUGAAGAGCCACAGCAUCAGCGUUCCCGGCCAUGAGACGCUGUCCUUCCGUUCGCUGCGUGUGGCCGUUCCGCUCAUGCUGGUGGUCAACAAACGACCCAUCACAGCCUCACAGAUUGCCACGUCACAGAUCGUCUCACAGCAGAAGCCAGAGUAGGGAGAGCAGGAGCAGGGAGGAGCAGAAAAGAUGAGCAGAAGAGGAAAGAACAGAAGACGAGGAAAAAGGAGGAUUGAUACCAUGACAAGGGGAGGGUGACUUGAGAGCUCUGGGUUGCGGGCUGUGUUGUGUUGGCGGUAGGUUGUGUUAGAGGCAGGUGUUGGGGUGUGGCCGAGAGCGAGUGAGAGAGAAAAGAAGGGGUCGUGAUGCGGCAUAUUGUCCCAUCACUUAAGAGGUUUAUUUACAUCAUCUUGUUCUUUUGUCUUAUCGUUCAGACAUGUUCACUUUUUCAGCUUCUUAGUGUGUCAUGUGUGUGUGUAUUUACCUAGUUGUGACAUAUGGGAAAAGAGCUACAUUCGCAUGGUCCCGUCUCCAUAUCCUCUCUUAUGCAACUUUUCCUUAAAAUCAUGAAUGUUUCUUGCACAAACCACCUCCUCCUUCAGUCCAUUCCACAGCUCAAUGCUUCUGUUUGGGAAGGUAAACUUUUUCACAUCUCUCCUGCAUGUGGUCGCCCUCAACUUCUUUCCAUGUCCUCUCGUUUCUCUCUCGUUCCACACACACAGGUCCUCUCUGUCCAAAUGUUCCACUCUGCUCGCCACCCUGUACACCGCUUUCAGGUCUCCUCUUUCUCUUCUCUCCAGGGUUGUGAGCCCCAUGCUAUUGAGUCUCUCCUCAUAAGUCCAAUCUCGAAGUUCUGGUACCAUCUUAGUUGCCACUCUCUGCACUCUUUCCAGCUUUCUUAUGUUCUUCUUUUCGUCAGGAGACCAGACCACUGCUGCAUACUCCAACCUUGGCCUUAUCAUUGUAACUAUUAUUUUCUUCAUCUCUUGUCCAAAUACACAAAUGCCGUCCUUAUGUUCUUCAGCAAAUUCAUAGUUUGUCCCGUUAUCCUGUUGACGUGUUUGUCCGGUGACAUGUUCUCUGAGAUAGUCACUCCCAAAUCUUUUUCCUCCACUCCUCUGCAUAUUAUCUCACUUCCCAUCUUAUAAUCAUAUUCACAUCUUCUGCCACUCCUACCAAACUCUAUCUUUUUUUACAUUUCCCAAGGUUGAACUCCAUCUGCCAUGUACCACUCCACUCCCAUAUUCUAUCCAGGUUCCUUUGCAAUGCCUCACAGUCCUUCACAUUUUUCACUCGUCUCAAUAGUUUUGCAUCAUCUGCAAACAAACUCACAUAGCUGGUCACUCCGUCCACCAUAUCAUUUAUAUAAACAACAAACCUUGUGGGACCCCACUCCUUACUGGGCACCAGUUGGAAACCUUGUCUCUGAUUAUCGUCCUCAUUUCCCUGUUAGUUAGGAAGUCCUCCAGCCACUUAAUCAGUCCAUCACCCACUCCACCCCUAUUUUUAAUUUUCCAAAUUAGUCUUCUGUUCGGUACUUUGUCAGAUGCCUUCAUCAAAUCCAGGUACACUCCAUCCCCCCAGCCUUCUCUCUCCUGUUUCAAAUCUGUCACCCUUGAGUAGUAACACAAGUUGGUGACACAAGAUCUCCCUCUCCUGAAUCCAAACUGCAAUCUGAGAUAACAUUUUCACUUUCUGAGAAAUCCGACCACCUGUUUUUAACCAGUCUCUCACAUAUCUUUGCAACCACACUAGUGAGUCAUACCAGUCUGUAAUUUAAUGGGUUCUCUCUCUUGCCUCCCUUAAAAAUCAGUACUAUGUUUGCUCUCUUCCAAUCUUGUGGUACCCUUCCUUCACUCAGGGAGGCGCUCAUUAUGGAGUGCAGUUUCUCUGCAAGUUGCUCACUACAUUCUUUCAAGAUCACCCUGAUACUUCAUCCGGCCCUGUCGCCUUUCUCACAUCCAGCUUGUUCAAGCUUUCCUUGACCUCCUGCACCGUUACCUGUAUCUCCUGCAUAACCCUUCCUCUUUCCUGGCCCGGUGGUUGUACGAAUUCGUCUUCCUUUGUGAAAACUCUGUGAAAGCUGUUGUUCAUCACUUCUGCCAUCUCUGCUGGGUCUUCAUAUGUGGUUUCAUUCAUUUUCAGUUUAUCGAUUGUUUCUCUGUUCUUUGAUUUGCCGUUCACAUAUCAAUUGAAUAGUUUGGGUUGGUCUUUGCACUUGUUGAUUAUAUCUUUUCCAUAUUUCCUUUUUUCUUCUCUUCUAAUCUUUGUAUAUUCAUUCCUUGCUUGUUUGAAAUUGUUCCACGCAUUGAUUUUUCUUCGUCUCCUCCAUCCCUUCCAGGCUUCCUCUUUUCUCUUUCUAGCUGCCUCGCAUCUCAUGUUAAACCAAUCCUUUUUACCAACAUCCUUUUUGGUUACCUUGGGGACAUAUCUAUUUUUGGCUUCCUUGUAUAGCUUUACAAACUCCUCCCACUUAUCCCGUGUACUCUUGGCUUUGUACAGCCCACUCCAAUUUGCAUUUUCAAAAAAGGUUCUCAUGCUAACGAAGUCUGCCUUACAGUAGUUGCUUCUCCCAAUUUUGUGAUCCUCUUUUCGGUCAAUCACUCUUUUCUGAUACUUCAAAUUCCACAACCGCAUGGUCACUCUUCGCUAUUGGACAAUCUACUUCAAGAUUUUCUAUUAUUUCCGGCUCCUUACUAAAUGCCAGGUCUAGUCUUGAUGCCUCACCUUCUUUCCCGAAUCUGGUUUGUUCCUUGAUCCACCGAGUCAGCACAUCUUCCAUUGCCAGUUGCAGGAGUCUUCCUCCCCACGACUCAUCUGUUCCCUGCGUCUGCCAAUCCUCCCAUUCCACCUCCUUGCAAUUGAAAUCACCCAUUAUAAUUAUUCUCUCACUCCCUCAACAUUCCAUCCAGGCAACUCACUGUGUCUUGUAUCGUUUGUUCAUAUUCUCACAGCUCCCAUGCACUUGUUCUUCGGGGCACAUACCCUACUACAUACUGCCUCCUUCUUCCUUCAGCACCCACAAUUUUUACUUUCAACACCUCCGCCAAGCCUUCGCCCUCAAUCACCUCCUCCACCCUAAUGCCUUAUGCCUGUAUGUGCGUGUAUGUGUGAGAGGAGGAGGAAAACGGAAGAAUACAGUGUGAUAUUGUGUCGUUAAAUCAUGUAAGCCGUACAGAAGAAUGUGGUUCGAUUUUUGCCACUCACGGCCGUCGCAUAUUCAGACCAAGGUUUUAUUAUGCGUGUGAGUGUGUGUAAGGAAGGGAGGUGAAGGAAAGAAGAAUACAGUGUGAUAUUCCGUGACGCUAAAUCAUGUAAGCUGAACAGAAGAAUGUGGUUCGAUUUUCGCCACUCACGGCAUAUUCAGACCAAGGCUUUAUUAUGCAUGUGAGUGUGUGUAAGGAAGGGUGGUGAAGGAAAGAAGAAUACAGUGUGAUAUUCCGUGACGCUAAAUCAUGUAAGCUGAACAGAAGAAUGUGGUUCGAUUUUCGCCACUCACGGCAUAUUCAGACCAAGGCUUUAUUAUGCGUGUGAGUGUGUGUAAGGAAGGGUGGUGAAGGAAAGAAGAAUACAGUGUGAUAUUCCGUGACGCUAAAUCAUGUAAGCCGUACAGAAGAAUGUAGUUUGAUUUUCGCCACUCACGGCUGUCGAAUAUCCAAACCAAGGCUUUCUUUUUGUCUGGUUUUCUCAACAUCCCUAAUUGUAAGACUUAAGUUUAACCCGCACACAAAAAGAGGAAGGAAAAACGUAUCCGGUUAAGGUUCGAGUAACUACUUAACGCUAAUUUUAGGCUCGUAGGAUAGUCUUUCGCUAACGCCUGAUUUUCCAAGCGUCAUAUUAGGCUGCGCAAGAAUACUGUGGGUGAUUUGACCUUUUUUGACCUGUUUUACUAGGCACGUCUUUUUGUUUUGUUUUGUUUUGCUUGUUUUUGUUUUGUUUUUGUUUUUACAUCAGAGGACACGGCUCAAGGGCAAUAAAAAGAGUACAAAAAAAAAAAAAAGGCCGCUACUCACCGCUCCUACAAAAGAUAAAAGUAAAGAGUAGCCAAAAGAGAGGUCGACUUUGGGUGGAGUCGGUUUCGUUGAUUUUUGUAUAUAUCCAAGAUUGUAAUGUGUCGGCAAUAAUGUGGGUGAUGUGUCUUUUUCACCCGUUUCUCAAGGCACGGUUAACCUUAGACAGCAGCAGUAUUUGAAGUGCACCUCCCCCUUUAAAUGAAUCGGUCCACAGUCACUGCCAACCCUGAGAGCGUAGCAUAAGUAUGGUUACGCCGCAUAAUAGAUGUUUUAACUAUCGUCUGUAUAUAGAUUCUACUGCAGUCUGAAAGUGUUAUAUUUCUGCCAUACAAAACUGACUAACUGAAUUUUGGACUGUCUAUAUAUACAGUAAACCCUCGAGGUGUUUUAACUAUCGUCAAUAUAUAGAUUCUGCCACAGUCUGAAAGUGUUGUUAUAUUUCUGCCAUACAAAACUGACUGGCUGAAUUUUGGACCGUUUAUAUAUACAGUAAACCCUCGAGGUGUUUUAACUAUCGUCAAUAUAUAGAUUCUACCGCAGUCUGGAAAUGUUGUUAUAUUUCUGCCAUACAAAACUGACUGGCUGAAUUUUGGACUGUUUAUAUAUACAGUAAACCCUCGAGGUGUUUUAACUAUCGUCAAUAUAUAGAUUCUACCGCAGUCUGGAAGUGUUGUUAUAUUUCUGCCAUACAAAACUGACUGGCUGAAUUUUGGACUGUCUAUAUAUACAGUAAACCCUCGAUAUAACGGACUAAUUGGGGGGAACUUAGUCCAUUAAUGCCGAAAGUCCAUUAUAAGCGGCGGAAAUUUAAAAAUACGUACAAUAAUAACAACAUACCUAAUAAACAUAGGUAUAGGUCCACUGCUUAGUUGGUUGUGUUGAUUUUCUAUAUUACUCUUUACGACCGAGACUUGUGAUGUGUCGGCUCAACUCCAUGUGAAAAUCCAACACUUCUUAACCCAGUAGCAGCGAAGGGCCAAAUUUGUGGCUUUACCGUGUAGUAGCGACAGGCCAAAUUUGUGCCAUGAUAUAAACCCCCCAAAAUAGAUGUUACAUAAUCUGAUCACAAAUGCUUUGAUAUGCAUUAUGAAAUGGUUUGUGCGAGGGGUGAUUUUUUCUCAUUUUUCUCGCUUGGAGGGAACAUUAAGAAACAUGAUCCUUGCUGCUACCGGGUUAAACACCAUCCUCAAAAAUGGAAUAAAAAAGCCAAACUAC